AUGUCUUUCAUUUUUCGAGGACUAUCAAGUCUCAUAGGCACUAUAAUACCAUGCUUCUACUCGUUCAAAGCACUCAAAAAACCAACUAACGUCAAAUUGACUCAGUGUGUCCAGUAUUGGUCGGUGUACAGCGCAUAUCUUGCUAUCGAUUAUAUCGUCUCCACAACAUUCAUCACAUGCUUCAUUCCGUUUUACGAUUUUCUCACUUUCAUUUUCGUACUUUAUAUAGCGAUUCCGCAACUUGGAGGAGCUUCGUUUGUCUACAAAAAAAUUCUCGCUCCAUUCCUCCGCAAGAAAGAAAGAGAUUUCGACAAAAUCAUUUCAGCUGUGAUGACCAAGGCAAUUUCCUACGCUCCGUCGUUCAUUUCUUCGGCUGUUGAUAUGAUUAAAAGUCUCAUCAACAGUACGUCAACAGCAUUCAUCGAAUAUCAAGAUGAUGUAGAUAUCGUGCCUAACAGAUUCCGAAAGACUAGAAUUCAAAAUGAGUUGCGGAAUCGGCCUGCUACGCUACCAGUAAUCGACAUUAAGCCAGAAAUAAUCGAUGAUGAGUACGAGCUGGCAAUGUCGCGAUCAAAUUCGAGAAUAGUCGCCGACCUUACUGACGACGAGCUUGAAAUUUCUCAUAUGCCUUCAAUUUCUGAAAGUCGCUUUAUUCUUGAUGAAAGUGGCGAUGGCAGUGAUGAGGAAAGGAUUGAAAAUCGACUCAGAUCUAAAAGAGGAAGAACCUCCAGAUCCUCCGUAGCAACUCCAACCAUUGAACGGGCCCCGUCAGCAAACAUCGAUUCCCCACCACAGGAAGAGCCAGUCCGCGCAAAGCGUGGUCGUCCACGUCGUACCUCGAAAAAGCUGUAA